AAAACCCAUUGCCUAGAUUUCUCCAUUGCCGUGACGAAAUCGGCUAUCUAUUUCUAUAAAUUAGACCCCUAACUUCCCCUUCCUCUUCACUAUCGUUACAAUCUCUUUUCUUGUGAAGUUUCAGAGGAAGCAAUCAUAACCUAUUCAAGAUGCAGAUCUUCGUUAAGACCCUCACCGGCAAGACUAUCACUCUCGAGGUAGAGAGCAGCGACACCAUCGACAACGUCAAAGCCAAAAUCCAAGACAAAGAAGGUAUCCCGCCAGACCAGCAGCGUCUUAUCUUUGCCGGGAAACAGCUCGAAGAUGGCCGUACUUUGGCCGAUUACAAUAUCCAGAAGGAGUCCACCCUUCACCUCGUCCUCCGUCUCCGUGGAGGCAUGCAGAUCUUCGUCAAGACCUUGACUGGAAAGACUAUUACUCUGGAGGUUGAAAGUAGCGACACCAUCGAUAAUGUCAAGGCAAAGAUUCAGGAUAAGGAAGGAAUUCCCCCAGAUCAGCAGAGGCUGAUCUUCGCCGGAAAACAGCUAGAGGACGGUCGUACCUUGGCCGAUUACAACAUUCAGAAGGAGUCCACCCUUCACCUCGUGCUCCGCCUCCGUGGAGGGAUGCAGAUUUUCGUUAAGACCUUGACUGGGAAGACCAUCACCCUCGAGGUUGAGAGCAGCGACACUAUUGACAACGUGAAGGCAAAAAUUCAAGACAAGGAGGGCAUCCCACCAGACCAGCAGAGGCUGAUCUUCGCCGGAAAACAACUAGAGGACGGGCGUACCUUGGCCGAUUAUAACAUUCAGAAGGAGUCUACCCUUCACCUUGUGCUCCGUCUCCGUGGAGGGAUGCAGAUUUUCGUCAAGACCUUGACUGGAAAGACCAUCACCCUGGAGGUUGAGAGCAGUGACACUAUUGAUAACGUGAAGGCAAAAAUUCAAGACAAGGAGGGCAUCCCACCAGACCAGCAGAGGCUGAUCUUCGCCGGUAAGCAACUGGAAGAUGGCCGAACUUUGGCCGAUUACAAUAUUCAGAAGGAAUCCACUCUCCACCUUGUGCUCAGGCUUCGUGGUGGAAUGCAAAUCUUCGUCAAGACCCUGACAGGGAAGACUAUCACUCUGGAAGUGGAGAGCAGUGAUACAAUCGAUAAUGUGAAGGCGAAAAUCCAGGAUAAGGAAGGGAUUCCUCCAGAUCAGCAAAGGCUGAUCUUUGCUGGGAAGCAGUUGGAGGACGGAAGGACUCUGGCCGACUACAAUAUCCAGAAAGAAUCAACCCUUCACCUUGUCCUGCGUCUGCGUGGUGGAUUCUGAAGGGGGGAAUUGCUUUCCUUAAUUGUUUUCAUGCUUUCAUCUGAAUGUAUUUUCUUAGAGAGUCUAAUGGGCUUCUCUAUCAUCGUUGUAUUCUGUUUCCUUUCUGAUUGGCCUGUUACGGCCUUCUGUGGAUGUUAUGUUUGCUUUAAUUCAAUAAAAAUAUAAAAUUUAAUAAUUUUUUGUGUA